AGACCUUCUCUUCUCCAGCUAUUUGGGACAGGAAUUGGACGUACUCUCCCAUUAGGGGAAAGUAGAAACCAUUUUAAGUGCUUUCUUGUCCUCCAAAACUCCCUCACCAAGAGGGCUUUGAGUUGUUUGUACUGCUAACAAUCACCAUGAAGUGGACAUGGGUGUUUUUAGGGUUCUACUUCCUCUCUUUGGGAGCACUGUCUUUGGGAGAGAAGGGCUUGGAGAUCCCCGAGUAUGACGGCAAAGACCGUGUCCAUACCCUCAUUGCCAAGAACUACAAGUCCAUCAUGAGGAAGUACGACGUAAUGGUGAUCUACUACCACAAAAAUGUGGAUGGGAAUCGAAGCGCCAUGAAGCAGCUUCAGAUAGAGGAACUGGCUUUGGAGCUUGCGGCCCAAGUUCUGGAUGAGUUCGAAGACGAGGACAUCGGGUUUGGUCUGGUGGAUGAAAAGAAGGCCUCUGCUGUUGCCAAGAAGCUGGGUCUGGAUGAAGUCGACAGCAUCUACAUCUUUGCAGACAAUGAAAUAAUUGAGUACGAUGGAGAGCUAGCUGCAGAUACCAUUGUUGAGUUCCUGUACGAUGUGAUUGAAGACCCUGUGGAGAUCAUCGACAACGACCGAGAGCUGAAGGGUUUCUACAACAUGGAUGAUAUCAUCAAACUGGUCGGCUACUUCAAGAGCGAGAGAUCUUCCCACUUUAUAGAGUAUGAUGACGCAGCUGAAGAGUUCCAUCCCUUCGUCAAAUUCUUUGCAACAUUUGACCCUAAGAUUGCCAAAAAGCUAAAGCUGAAGAUGAAUGAAGUGGAUUUCUACGAACCCUUCAUGGGAGAACCCGUCACCAUUCCAGGAAAGCCUUACAUCGAGUCUGAGAUCGUUGAAUACAUCGAACAGCAUGACAGACCGACUUUGAGGAAGCUCCAACCACACAGCAUGUAUGAGAUCUGGGAAGACGAUAUCAACGGAGAGCACAUAGUCGCUUUUGCUGAAGAGGAUGAUCCAGAUGGUUUUGAGUUUCUGGAGAUCCUGAAGGAAGUAGCGCGCGACAACACAGAUGACCCCAACCUCAGCAUCAUUUGGAUCGACCCAGACAAUUUCCCCCUGCUGGUUCCAUACUGGGAGAGAACCUUUGGCAUUGACCUUUCGUCUCCUCAGAUUGGAGUCGUCGACGUUAAGGACGCUGACAGCGUGUGGAUGGACAUGGAUGAUCAGGACGACAUGCCGACGGCUGAAGAGCUGGAGCAGUGGAUAGAGGAUGUUCUGUCUGGAAAGAUCGAUCCUGAUGAUGAUGAUGAAGAUGACGACGAUGAUGAAUACGACGACGACGACGAUGAUGACGACAAUGAUGAAGACGACGAUGAUGAAGACGACGAUGAUGAAGAUGACGACGAUGAUGAAGAUGACGACGAUGAUGACGACGAUGAUGACGACGACGAUGAAGACGACGACGAUGAAGACGACAACGACGAUGAAGACGACAACGACGAUGAAGACAAUGAUGAAUAAUUAAUGUUUUCGUCACUUUGCC